AUGCCGGCCAAGACGCCCCUCGGUUACCCCUCUGACCUUGAGGGUAUUGACUCAAGAGACAACUGCACCGAGUCUGGAUAUGUUAGCGGUGGUUCAUCUGAAGAAUAUAUCCCCGAGAUUGUCUUCACUAAGCCCCAUCUUCAAUUCCUUAACCGUCAGCUUCAGUUCCUCGAACCUCAAGGUAUAUAUCUUGAGAUGGUCUCUGUCACCCUUGAUAUGCUGUCGAAGCUGGAGGUACCCCGCCCCCAGAUGGUCGACCUGAUCUUCCUCGACACCCUGUACCAUUUCAAGGAGACCCAUGAGCUCGUGGACCGUAUCCGCAAGCGUUACCCCAACAACAAUGUUCAUGUCUACAAGCCUGCUGGGGCCGAGACCACUGCCGAAUUCGAAACUAAGUAUGGCUCUCGUCUUUGGGAAGCCGAUGACCAGCUUUAUGACUGGGUUGCCAAGGUCGAGCCCGCUCAACGUGCCUACCGUGAGAUGAAUGUCCACGCCGUCCUGACUGGCCGCCGUCGCAGCCAAGGUGGCAAGCGUGGUGACCUUGAUGUCAUCGAAGUUGACGAGGCCGGCCUCAUCAAGAUCAACCCCAUGGCCAACUGGUCCUUCGACCAAGUCAAGCAGUACGUGAAGGAGAACGAUGUUCCCUACAAUGCCUUGCUUGACCGUGGCUACAAGAGCAUUGGAGACUGGCACUCUACCCAACCCGUUGCCGACAACGAGGACGAGCGCUCCGGUCGCUGGAAGGGCCAGCAGAAGACCGAGUGCGGUAUCCACAACCCUCGAUCCAAGUACGCCCAGUAUCUGAUGGAGAUGGAACUCAAGCGUCAAGAGGAGGCUCUCACUCAGGCUCUGCAGAACCAACUUACUGCUGCCCAGUGA